AUGUUUCCAAAGCUUGUCAAUGAAAGUGCCUUAAAGAUUCCUGUGAAACCAAGUGUGGACACAGAAAUGAAAUCAUUGAAGCACAUCCUGAAUCCACACUUGAGACAAACUGUUCUGCACCCAACCAAUCCUUUUCAAGUUGAGCUCCUCUCUGGUUGUCCGUUGGAACAUCACCAGUCUGAAAUAAUUGCCAGGCAGUCCCAGUCUGUUUUCAAGAAACACCUUCAGGUGAUAUAUCCAAUAUCUUCCAAACUUUGGUCAGAAGAAAUGGAAGAAAAUGAAUGGAAAGAUAAUGAAAUUGUGACAGUUCUUCAGAAACAAAUAUCGACAGCAGACAAUCAAAUCAGGAGAGGAUUUCUUCGUUGGGUGGCAUUGCCCGAAGUUAUAGAGCCAAUGAUUUCUCGGCAAAGAAAGAAUGGAAGUGUGGAAGACACUAAAAGACAACAUAGCGAUGACUGUACAAAGAAUGUAAAAGAGUUUCCAACAUCUAAAAUAUUGGCAUUCUGGGAUGAAAAUUGGUACAUCAAAGGAGAAUGUAGCACUAAAUCAUAUAUGGAAGAAAUAAUUCUGUUGGAGAUGAUAGAUCUUCAUCCAAGUGUAAGGUGUUCUGCAAUCUUUAAAGCUGCCAGCAUUGGUAUGCGGUAUCUGGUCUCCGUCCCCCAUGGAAUUGGUGAAGAUGUCAAAUGGGUACCACAUGGCUCUCAUGUGGCUACUUGUGUUAAGUGUUUACCUGACAACAUACUUGAGGCUUUACAGCGUAUUCUGGCUGACCCAAAUGAAGAUGUGAAAAUAUCUGCUGCUCUCUCAUUGUUUUGUCUUCAUCAAGGAAAUGAACAGGCAGCAGACAUUCUACGGGGUGCCCUAAACAGUUCCAGUUUACUGAAAAGAUGGGUGGCUGCAUAUUGCCUGGGAUAUUUCUGUCUCUGGAAUUCAGACAUUAUCAACGAACUCAUCAAGCAAAUAUUCAUGAUGCCAAAAUCAGAGAAAAUGAUGCAUGGAAUACAACUCCUUAUCACACUCAGUGAAGAAACGGAUCUUGUGCAGCUGCUUCUAGCAGAGUAUCUUAGCAGUAACAGUUGCCAUGAGAGACAAAUGACUUGUAGUAUUCUUUCCAAACUUCGCAGCCAGAUGAAGAAGGACAUCAGUGGUAAACUGCUGGACUUGUUUUGGCUGGAAUGGAAUGCUGACGUCAAAAUGCUGGCUGCGUAUUGCCUUGGAUGCAACAAUCAAGGGAAACGGUUCCACGAUGAUUUGCUAAACAAAUUGGAUUGCUCGGAUGAUUCUAUUCGUCGGAAGGCUCUCUGGAUUAUUGGACAAUUCAGUAAGUAA